AUGUCAUUGCAAUCAUCACAAUUAAAGGAAGAAUACGUUCCUCUUAAUGAAAUAAGAAGACCAAUACCUCCAGUUUUGGACUAUAAUAAAAUUGAUGCUAUGGUAUCUACUUUGAAUGGCGUACCUAUGGCUUCAGCUACUUGUGGAUUAGAAGAAAUAACAUCUGGUGAAUUACCUCCCAUUGAUGUAUUUAAAGUAAGAGAACAAGGAAGAAAUUAUUAUUUUGCAUUUGGUGGUUGUCAUAGAUUCCAAGCAUACGAAAGAAUAGAUAAAGAAAGUGGUGAAAAGGUGACGCAAGUCAAAUGCAGAAUUCUUCCAGCCACAAGAAAGACUCUUAAAGUUUACUUAGGGGGCUCUGUUGAUGAAAUGUUUAAAUAG